AUGAUCCACCAACAAGAUAUAAACGACGACGACCGUCUGAAAUCACCCGCCAUUGCAGAACUCGACGCCCUUGCUGAUUACUACUGGCUACCGCCUGGUGCGGUUCCUGAUAGUCGCGGGGCUCAAGCGUACUCUAUAUACGCUUCCAAACAUCGCAUUUCACCACACGAGGGAGUGCAGGCGCUAUCCUCGAGAGUAUGUAACGAUCGCAGCAUAGAUACUGUACCCACCAUGACCGCUGUCGCCUGGAAUACCCUAUCUAAUCAGCAUUAUGGCUUCUCCAAACCUAGAGGCCCGAAUGCGAAGCGAUUGGGGAGAACAAUGGUGAAGUACCGUCUUUCCAGCAUCAACCCAGAGCUGUUGAGGAAUCUGUUCCCUGCGAAGUCGCCUUUGGGGGAGCACUGGGCUCCAGGGAGCUGUGCGGAGUUCACCACUCUCACUGAGGUAGUACUGGAUAGUCUCCCCUCAUCUCGCGAGCGCAUGGUAGUCCAUGCACUGGCGGUGAGAACGAAGCUGCCCAGCGAGAAGUGGGGGUUUUGUAAGGUAUGUCAGCGAUAUGCCCGCAACCUUGUCAAACGAUUCCCUGGGCUCGCCAUCGUUGACUUGGGAAGCGAACCGCCGACGCUGUAUGCAGCCGCCGCUGAAGGUACGGUGCGAGCUCGCCGGCGCUUAAGUGAAUGUGGCAGUGCAACGGUCACCUUCGUGCUCACUCCUACUACUGAGACACCAUCCGCACGACUGUAG